AUGGCGGAUGCAGUAUUCAGCCUCAGAAAUCCCCCCACACAGCCCAUUCCCCCCACCCCCAAGCACCGUGCUUUCGUAAUUGUCACGCCUGCUAUGGUCGCGACAGAAGAGGCUUCGUUAGAGGCGUCGUUUGCGAAUCCUUACUCCGCGUGCGGUUUCAUCGGCGGUAUCAUCUUCUGCGUGUCAAUCCUGCCGCAGCUGGUCAAGACGUACCGUACCAAGUCCGCCAACGACCUCAGCUAUUUCUGGCAAGCAUGCUACCUGCUGGGUCUGAUCGGAAUCAGCAUAUACGGCGUGGCAUAUAAGCUCUGGCCCGUUGCCAUCCCCCUUAUAAUUGAAAUCGUUUUCAUGGUAACCCUCACUGUACUCAAGUACCGUUAUGACAAGCGGGCCAAAAGAAAAAAGGCCGCUGGUGCUGGCGCUGGCGCUGAGGAUGGAGAGGUUGUUUCUGGAACAGCUGCUCAUGCUGAGGCUGCUGAUGGUGCUGAUGCUGAUGCUGAUGCUGAUGGUGCCAAUAAAGGGUGUACAGGUUCUGCUGGUGUCGAUGAGGCGUUGGAAGGAGCUGUAGAGGAUAAUGGUACCGUUGUUAUUGCAGCGGACACAGAAGGGGUUUUAGAACACAGAAGGCAUUCAGUGUCAAAGGAGCCCUUGGAUGUUGUAACUACCAGCGAGCUGGAGGUGAGAAGGCUAUAG